UUAGUAAGUUUCUUUAAAACUAAAGUUUUUAAAUAUUUAAAUUUACAUUAAUAUAAAAACUUUAUUAUAUCUAAUAAAUCAAAAUGGUCACUGUUUAGGAAAAAGAUGAAUGUACUUCAGAAUUAACACAUGACUAAUAACAAUUGAUUCUGGUAAGAACAAAAGCUUACUAGCAGAUUUGUAGUCUAGACCAAUGUAAAAAAAAUGACAGCAAAUAUCUUUUUAUUGUCCUAAAAUAACUAGUAAUGUACAUAUUAUUUGUCAAAGUAAAGCACUGUAGGUACUUUUUAAAUGUAAUGUAGUAUCUAUACAAUAUUCCAGCAAAUCCUUUGACUAAUGAAUUGAUUACUGGUUUUUCAUUUUCCUCUUUGCAUGGAUUUAUGGAUUUAAUAAAAUGAUAUUGGCUGGUCUAGUCAUGGUUGAAUCCCUGUCAGAACUCUGCUUUAACUUUGACAAGGCAGCGAUAUUGUACACCUUUAAUUUCUGAAAAGUGAUAGUCACCAUCAGCGCAGAGUGAAGUGUUUAAAUAUUAAACACAGCGUGUCGUAAGCAUUUCUGCUGUGAAAAAAAAAAAGAAAAGAAAGGAAGUGAUAAAAAUUUGAUCAGCACUAACUCUCAUAUGAUGUAAGAAUAUUUCAGUUUAAAUGAGCUGACUUCAGCCUGUGCUUUUAACAUGCUUUGCAACCCGACAAAAGAGCAUGAUUCCGUCUGGUCAGUGGUUCUGUUUUAAGUGAUCCCAAAAUACAGUAGAAGGCUAACAGUAAUCAUGCAAAAUUAGAUGGUGAAUGUAAUCUUAAUCGGAAUAAAGUUGCUGUCCAAACCUCAGAUCUUUUCUUAAUGUCAAUCAUUAUGGAUCUUGUGAUAAGACAGUGCUGUUCACACUGUAUAUGGCAUAACACCCCGUGUUAGCGUUAUGUCCGCAGUGCUGUCUCAUUUGCAUAGUCCACCUCUAAAUGUGUCAUUCCUCCCACAGCAAAGCCAUGAAUUAUGAGACUGUACAGCAGAAGCUGUAGUGUACUACUCUGUGAUUACAUUCAGCUGCAUUGCUGCCGUUGCUGCUCGCUCCCGUUUGCACUAAAUUAUGUCUGUUCAGCUGUUUAAAGACGGGCCGUUUGAUGAACAGCAUGGCAGAAGCCCCCGUUGGAGAGGACGCACCUAAAAAGAAGGAGAGUGCCACCCCACUUCCCCACGAUCUCCUGCCAGGAGUUGGGGUUGCUCUAUGGGAAAGAGUAUUGAAAGCAAGUGUUACAGCUGGUGCUUUCCUCCUGCUGUACACACUGUCUCAACUCACAGGUUUGUGGGUUCUUUACAUGCUGAAUGGAUACAGGGCUUUUCCAGCAGCACAUAAAGUUUUGGAUCUCCUUCAGUACCUUCUCUCCACCAGUGAUGCCUAUGAUCAACAGAUGGAGAUAUGGAGGGUGGAAAGCUUGUUGCCCCUCAUAGCCACACUCUUCUUAGGUGUAGUCAUCCUUGGUACUGGAACGCUGUUCUGCAUUAAAACCCUGGUGCCUGGCAACCCAUCUUGCUUCCCUGACGACCGUCGUCAGUCCAUGAGCAGGCAGCCCUCCUUUACAUAUUCAGAAUGGACAGAUGCUAAACAGGAGGACUUCUACGAGCUGGAUGCUGUUCCAGAGACUCCCGUGUUUGACUGCUUUAUGGACAUGAAGACCGAAGCUGACCCUGUCACUCUCACCGUAAAACCUGUGGGCUUGCAGGAAAGGAGAGGAUCUAACGUGUCGCUGACGCUGGACAUGUGCACCCCUGGUACCACGGAGCCCUAUGGAGCGCUGCUGUCCCCCAGAGAGCAGAGCACACAGGAGUACCUGCAGAACGCAUCCAACCUGCUCACCCCGGAGCAGCUGCACAAGCGCGCUCUGGACGACGCUGUACUGCAGGCCGAGUUCUACGAAACACCCAUGAACUUCGUGGACCCUAAAGAAUACAAUUUUCCUGGCGUGGUGAGGAAGAAUCGCUACAAAACCAUACUACCAAACACGCACAGCAGAGUUUGCUUAAAAGCAAAAGAGGAAGAUGAUUUUCUCGGCACUUACAUCAACGCUAAUUAUUUGAAGGGCUAUGGAGGGAAAGAAAAGGCUUACAUUGCUACACAGGGUCCAACUGUAAACACAGUGGGGGAUUUCUGGAGGAUGGUUUGGCAGGAGCGCUGUCCCAUUAUCGUCAUGAUCACCAACAUUGAAGAAAAAAAUGAGAAAUGCACAGAAUACUGGCCAGAGGACAGUGUCACCUGUGAAGAUAUCGAGAUCACUGUCAAACAGGUCAUCCAGGCAGAUGACUACAGUCUAAGGAUUUUCACUGUGAAGAGUGAGGGUGAGGAGCGCACUCUCAGACAGUACUGGUACACAUCCUGGCCAGACCAGAAAACCCCAGACAAGGCCCCGCCUCUUUUAGAGUUGGUUAGGGAAGUGGAGGAAGCGAGGAAACAGGCUCCGCCCAACAGUGGCCCUGUCAUUGUCCACUGCAGUGCUGGGAUUGGACGCACUGGCUGUUUCAUUGCUACCUCUAUCUUGUGCCAGCAGCUAAGCAAUGAAGGGGUGGUUGACAUUUUGAAGACUACUAGCCAGCUACGCUUGGACAGAGGCGGCAUGAUCCAGACAGCGGAGCAGUAUCAGUUUGUUCAUCAUGUACUCAGCCUGUAUGAAAGACAGCUUCGGAAGACCUCAGAAGAGUAAAGCUCAAUGAGCGCACAACCUCCACGCCACUCCUCACAGAGCAGUUGACCUUCAUCCGAACACAUGGGGCAGGGACUGACCCUCAGUACCUCAAGUCUCAUGUCUUCAAACACAACAGAGGUUUUAGGAGCAGACCCAGUGUUAGAUUUUAGCGCAAUCUCCAAUACCAAAUUUCCACCAAUCAGCUUUUUUUCUUUACCAUAAGAGUAACAUAAAGUGGUCAGUUACGUCACGCUGCCCGCGUAAUAACGCUCAGCAGACCAUCAGUGCUCAAACGCGACAAACAGCGUCUGAAUGCGUGCAUCCUUCAUACGCAGCGGUAUGAACACAAUAACAAGCAAGGCACAUUUAGCAUUAGGUUUAGGGACCUCCUCAAUUUCUGAGCCUACAAAUACAGCAAUUUUUACAGGAUUUCUAACUCAGUGUUAAGAUGAGAUUUGUUGUAAAGUGUGCGUGUGCAUUCAUGGGUCUUACAUGUUGAAAGAUCAACCUCUCGGCAAUCCGAACAUCGGUAUGUUUGCGCGUGCAUGUGUGCGUCACAGAUACAGACGGGGGGGAGAGAGAGAGGUACUGUUUACUACGUGUUCGAUGAUUAUCAGACUUUAACUCCGGAUGUGCGGUUGGUCUCUAGAAGAGGUUAGCCUACCACAUUUAAUACAAAAUGGCCUUAAUAUGUGUCUCUCUGUUCGUACCGGGGUCUGUACGGUUGUGUGUAAAUGUUGUCGGGCAGAGUUAAAGGCAGUGUGGUGUUACAGCCUGUCAUCGUCUCAUUCGGUAAGACUGAGAGAGGGACAGAGACUGAUCUCCGUACAGAAUGAUGUACAUUUUCCCUCAGCAUACCUUUGCCUUCUCGAUUUGCGUGUUGUUGGACGCUAUAUCGUGCAAAGCAUUUUAGUUGGACUCUAAAAAGCAUUGAUGCUGCACCUCAAGGUUUUAUGUAUCAAAAUGCCGAAACACUGUAUCCAACUAAUGUUAAAUUUGUAAAUCACAGCUUGUAUCAAUAGCAGAAAUCAUGACAAUUGGACUUAAA